AUGCCAACUGCCACAGAGUUACACUCUACUGAUAUAGAGAAGUGUUCUCAAGAGACUGCCCUUACCAAAGGCAGUGAAGAGGGUAAACAGGCCAUCACAACGGAGAGGCAGACUAAGCUGAGCCAGAGUAUAUCUGAUUGUGAGGACACCCUGUCUAGUAUGAAAGACAUUAAUCUCAAUGAUACACCAGAUUACCAACAAUAUCAUCAACCCAUUCAUUUGUCUCUGAGUGGGAAUGAAUCUGAGGACUGCUUGGAUCAGAACCAAGACAUGUCAUCAGCAGAUGAGGACUCCAAGGUGCCUCGGCCUGAGGAUAUCAAUAUGAAGUCGGCUCCAAUGAUACCAAAGCUGAAAUACAAAUAUGACAAUGAUCAAUGGUCACCUCUAAACCAGUCGGGCAGAAAGUGCUACGACAUCAGGCUGCUGAUGCAAAUUAAAGAUGAUCCUCUCUCAAAGACAAAACCCAUCGGAGUGCAUCUGGAACUGAGUAGCAUUGUCAAGCAAUAUCAAGAACCUCAGCCGUUCAAUCCAGUGCUGAGACCUAUCAAUGACUCUCUGUUCCCCAACUUUGCAAAGAACAUCAGCAUUGCCCCGAGGAACACAACACCGAGGGAUCCCAAGAAAGAUAACAGAAACAUAAAUACAAGCAGCAGGGAGGUGAGUGUGAAGAUGACGUCAUCCCCCGGCCGACCCGCUGCCCCCGCCCCAGCCCCCGCCCCCGCCCCCGCCCGGGAGCCUGUGAUCCGCGUGUCUCUGGCGCGGGAGGAGGUGCAGCUGAGCCAGACCAAGAACGCCUGGAAGCCCUCGCGUCUGAAGAACGCCGCCCUCAGCGAGGAGGAGCGCAAGACCCAGGAGCUGUACGCGACUUUCCGCGGCAUCCUGAACAAGCUGACGCCGCAGAAGUUCGACACUUUGGUGGGCAAAGUGCGCGCGCUGCAGAUAGACACGCGCGCAACACUCGCCGGCGUCAUCGACCUCGUGUUCGACAAGGCGGUGGACGAGCCCGACUUCGCCGAGACAUACGCCAACCUCUGCCACUGCCUCGCCGCCCUCAAGGUGCCGUCAGACUCGGGCUCCCCGGACCAGUACGUCAACUUCCGUCUGCUCAUCAUCAGCAAGUGCCAGAAGCAGUUCGUCACCGACAAGGUGGACGACAACGUGCUGCGGAUUGAGGGAGAACUCAACGACUGCACCGACACUAUGAAAAAGAAGGAACUGCAAUUGCUUUUAGAUGAAGAGAAUAGAAAAGUGCGGAUGAGGUCCGUUGGGAAUGUCAGAUUUAUUGGUGAGCUGUACAAGCUGAAGAUGCUGACUGCAAAGAUAAUGGUGUUCUGCAUGAAUUACCUGCUCGACAAGCAGGAGGAGGAGAAGCUCGAGUGUCUCUGCAAGCUGCUCACAACCAUCGGGGAGCAGGUGGAGAGCGAGGUGAAGGAGCCUCUGGACGCGGUGUUCAAACGUAUGCAGAACAUAGUGGACCGGCGCGGCGGUGGUGGAGCUGGUGGAGGAGCUGGUGGUGGUGGAGGCGGGGGCGCGCUGAGCAGCCGUGUGCGCUUCAUGCUGCAGGAUGUGAUCGCGCUGCGCCGCCGCCGCUGGGCACCGCGCGCCGCCGUGCACCACGCACAGCCCACCACCAUGGACCGCAUACAGCGCGAGGCCGACCUGCAUCACAGGAACAUCGAGGUGACACCUCCCCCCACACACACACACCUCACUGACAACUUCCUCCCCCACACAUGUUGCAAUGCAACUAAUGCUUAUUUUAUGUAA